AUGUCUACUAAUAAUUAUGUCGGAGGAUGGAACAAAUUCUACAAUAUACUUAGAAGGCUUCGCGGUGAAGCAAGUGAAGAAGUCAUUGGAAAGAUCAAGAAAUUGGAGUCACUCUACAAACAAGAAGUCCAUUUAACAAACAACACUAUUUUUCUACGACGUUGCAAAAAAUAUGACAUUAUCCCAACCGGACUACUACUCAAAGAUUUCUCCAUAAGAUUCGGACCUCAUGAUAAGAUCCAAAGUUUUCAAAAACGAACUGAGUCAAACUUAUUAAACUGUCUUAUCAAUGUAAACUACACCAAGCAAAAUAAAAUUCAAUCAGAAAUGAAGAAAUUAAGAACAACCAUUCGAGAGUCAAUCCCUACAUUAUGGAACUGGCUAUGCAACUUAAUGAACAAUAUGAGAAACUCCCUUCAUCUGAAAAUUUCCAGCACGCAGAAAAAUAAGUUCAAUAGACUUAUGGAGAAAAGAGCCGAAAAUGUCUGUACCACAGCAUAUCAAAAUAAUAAAGAUUUACUCCAGAAACCAACAAUUAAAAACUUGUCAUCCCGGCCUCUUUCUGCAUUGGAAGAAAAAUUACUCAACCUAGGACUGAACUUUUCUCUUCCCAUAAAAAAUGUUGGAAACACUAUGAUUGACACUGCAGCGACCCUGGAACUUCGAAUGAUGAAUAUGGAACUGACAGAUAAUGACAAAAACAAAAUCAGAACCGGAGUAGCAAGAAUAAUGGCCAAACACAUUAAAAAAGAACAAAUCCAACAAAGAUGGGAAAAGUGGAUAAAUAAUUCAAUCAGAUCCUUACUUCAAGACACGACAAUAUGUAUUACUAAAGCGGACAAAGGAAAUUGCGUGGUCAUCAUGGACAGAGAAACGUAUAGAGAAAAAAUGGCUGCAAUGAUCAUGUCUGGUCCAUACACCAUGCUAAACCAUGACCCAACCCCACUUCAUGCGAAAAACGUUGCAGAAAAGUGUCAAAUCUUGAAAGAAAAUGAGAUCCUGCCCGAAAAUAUUUUACCACAAUUAAUAGAAAAGAAUCCUCGAGCUCCAAUAAUUUAUGGUGCUCCCAAAAUCCACAAGUACAACAUCCCGUUAAGACCAAUUGUGGAUUACAGAUGCUCUCCAACAUAUAAAUUGUCCAAAUAUUUAGCAAAUAUUCUAACUCCAGUCGCCUCAAAACAUGAAUUCUCAAUCAAAAACUCUACUGAACUCGUCAAGGAUCUAAAGAAAUUAAAAUCAAGACCAGGUGACAUCAAAGUUUCUUUCGAUGUUACCUCUCUCUUCACAAUGGUCCCAAUACCAGAGACUAUAGAUUACAUCAAAGAAAGAUUGGAAUCAUAUCCACAACUCGCGGAAUUAACAAAACUGUCCGUGGAAGAUAUCAUAUCACUCCUAAGAUUAUGUACAUCCGCUUCAUAUUUCCAAUUAGAAGAGAAAUAUUACAAACAAAACCAUGGGACGGCGAUGGGGUCUCCUCUUUCCCCCGUGAUGGCAGAGUUUUUCCUUCAAAAACUGGAAUUAACACUUAUCAGAAGCAACCCCCACAUCUACUUUUGGAGACGCUUUGUGGAUGACAUAUUGUGUAUAAUCAGACGAAGGAGAAAAGACCAAAUAUUACAAAUGAUCAACAAUUUUCAUCCAUCCAUCCAUUUCACAAUGGAGGAAGAAAUUGAUGAAAGAAUACCAUUCCUUGACAUUUUAAUUUAUCCUAAAAAUGACUUUUCUUUAGGCCAUUACAUUUACAGAAAACCAACUCAAACAUCCCAAUAUCUCAAUUUCCGGUCAUUCCACCCUCGUGCUCACAAGAUUGGUGUCAUCGACACACUACUUACCAGAGCCAUCCGACUUUCAGACGUGGAACACCUUAAUGAUGAAAUCAAACUUACCAAAAUCAUACUAGAGAAAAAUGAUUAUCCUUCAUCUCUUAUUAAUAACCGUGUGACCAGGAUGCGGAUAAAAUGUCAACAAGAUCAACGGGAAAAAACGGUUGACAUACAGAAAAGGAUCAUUCUUCAGUGGGCUGGAGAUGUAACGUCAAAAAUUGCAUCCUACUUACGAAAAACUAUGGACGUGGAAAUAGCAUAUUAUCCCGGACCGAAACUGGGUUCAAUUUUAUGUAAUGCUAAGCAGAAGCUGAACAGACCAAGAGCUGGAGUGUACCAAAUCAAAUGCAACUCUUGUCCAGAUGUGUACAUUAGUGAGACCGAACGAGACUUUUUGAUAAGAAUUAAUGAACACCAAAACGAUAUUAGAAGAGCCAGUAUAACUUCUCCUGUUGCACUACACAUGCUGGAAAACAAUCACGAAUUAGACACAACAUCCUUCCGUCUCAUAGUUCCUGAACACCGGAAAUUCUUUCGCAAAUUUAAAGAAUCCCUCUACAUAAAGAAAAUGGACAACAAAAUGAACGUUUCCAAAGUAACCAAGUAG